CAGCUUCCGAGUAGUGGCGACCGUUUAACCGGAAGAAAACAGAAUAAACGGGACAGAAGGCGAAGGUGUGUCUCUGCUUUCCUCUCCAGUUGUUCAUAACGGCGCCAUAAUCUUUAUUUUGUCUGUUAAUGUGGAUCCAGACAGGAGAGAGAAGACACCGCGGAUUACGAGCCACGCUACUUCCGGAUUGUUUGUUGGGCGGUGUUUGGUCCUCCACCUGUCCUCCUGUCCAUUUGUCUCUGCGGGACGUCAUGGAAGUCCUGACGUCAUGCCUCUAUGGGGCCGUGCUCGGUCUGGCUGUCCUGGGUCUCACCUCUGCAGGUGUCUCCACAGACGUUACAUUCAGGGAGAAGGAAGAUGUUGUCCUGCCCUGUAAGGUUCCUAAAACAUCUGGACUGCGGGUGUUGGAGUGGAAAAAAGACGGCCUGGGCUCAGACUACGUCUUCUACUUCAGAGACAACAGCGCGUUAGAAAGCUUUCAGAAUGUGAUGUACCGGGGUCGCGUGAAGCUGCAGGAUCCACAGAUGACCGACGGGAACAUGGCCAUCGUCCUGUCCAACCCCUCGCUCAGUGACGCAGGGACGUACACGUGUCACGUUGCCACGGAUACAGAGACGACACAAACCGUCCGUCUGAGGGUUGAAGAGCCUCCAAACCUUGGGCUGGCGGUGGGUCUGCCAGUGGGCCUGGUGGUUGUUGCUGCUGUAGCAGCUAUCGGCGGAUUUCUCUAUGUUCGUGCAAAAAAGAAUGGCAGCACGCUCUGAACAUUAUUCAGCAUCACCUUAAUUCUGCAUGCUUCACUCUUCCUCUUAUAAUAUCACAGCUAGGGCUCAAAUCUGUGUGCUUUUAUUGUUUAUGGCUAAGUGUGAUCUUUUAGAAGUGUUUAAUAUUCUGACAUAACUCCCGGUUCUGUUCCUUAAUUCUCCUUUAAGCAGAGACUGAGCUUUUCUGUAGAGCUGACUCAGCUGUGCAGCAUUUACUGGAGCAGCUCCGUCUCUUCUUCUAUGGAUGUAGAGAUGUUUGAGCUGCACACAGGAACCAAACAUGCUGGUUCCUUAGCUCUGCUGCUCUAAUGCUCUGUUAUCACAUCUAAAGCCUUAAUGUAUAUAAGUGUAGACAGCAGGUAGUGAGCAGUCUGUGCAGCUACUGCAGGGAAAGCAGCUUAAUUAUUUAUCUCAGCAGCAUUGUUUUAAUGAAACCGAUCAGCUGCUGUUUGCAUGAAGUCUCUCAGUUUUAGUUUCUAAACGUCUCUGUUAGAUUAUGUUAAUGCUCUCCUGAAACGUUCUAUAAGCAUCAGGUGUCCCCCUGACUGCAGCGUCCUCAUGUGAUCACCCAGGACAGGCUGCUGCCCCACAGCUUCCCUCUGACGUCCACCCUGACGGUAAAUCUGUCGUCUUCUGGGCUUCAGCCGCUCUCAGUGACUGUAGGGUGAGAUUCUGACCACAGCGAUAAAAACGCUUCUGAAACAACAAGAGGACAAGACUUUGACCCCGGCUGCUGCUGCUUUAAGCUAAAAAUGUUGUUAAUGAGUAAAUCAGUCACAGAGUCAGGCAGAGAAACCCAAUUCAGCCUGAAAGCACUAAAAUAUAUAAAAUAAUACAAAUUAAAUACUUUCAAAAACAGUUAAUUGUUUCUGAUUGGAGUCUUUAUCUGUAGCAACCAUUUAGUAAAUGUAACCCAAUAACCUCUCUAUGUCUGAAAAGUAGGAAAAUACGUCUCUAAGUUUAUUCUCACCAGGUCCCUCCAUUGAUCACCUGCACCGUUUACUCUGGGUCUCUAAUUAAUGCUAAUUGAUAGAUCUUUGAAGGGCUGCAGAAACAUUUGCAGAAGAAUUUAGAAAAAGCCACUUCUCCUGUUGAAACCUUGAAAUGCAGCAUGAAAACAUCUGCUUCUCUCCUCUCAGGGUCAGUUUAGAGGAAAUCUCAGCUCCACUUUAACUAAAGCAGAAAAAAACUAUAAUUUCAUGAAAUAGUUCAUCUUUUUUUCACCAUUUAAAAGCAGUUUAAAUGGUAAACUGACCUCCUGAGUUCCUGCUCCUGGUAAAUCUGCUCAGUAACAGCUUUCCCUGCUGCUGUGUUGGCAUCAUGGGUCCAUGUGGAGCCAGAACCUGCAGGUCCUCUCCUCCAUCCAGGAUCUGCUCAGGACAUUCAUCUCUGACGUUAAAGGUGACCUCCUGCCGCUGAAGCUGAAGCUGCUUUAAUGUCUUCAUGCUGAGCCUCUUCCUGUUGUUAUCUGCCUGUAAAUAAUCGUCCCAUUAAACAGUCUGAAUGUGUGGA